AUGCCGCCCUUCUGUAGGAAUGCGAAGUUGGGCUUCCUUUCUUUCCUGAUCUGUGCGGGAAGGAGCUUAUUACCUUUGGGGACAGAUGCCUUUUGGUUAGAAAGAAUUGAAAAUAAUAAAACACUCUGGGAAAAGGCUCAAAGUCAGAAAAUGAGAUCCAAGACUUCUUUGGUGAUGAGGAAACGAAUACGGCUUUACCGAAACGCCCUGAAAGAGUCGAGUAGCAGUUCCGGACACCAUGGCCCCCAGCUCGCUGCCGCCUCCAGCCCCUCGGUGUUCCCGGGCCUUCACGAGCAGCCUCCCCAGGCCUCCCCUAGCGGCGCUCUGAAUGGACUCCUGCGUCUGGGGCUCCCCGGAGACAUGUACGCGCGACCUGAACCCUUCCCGCCGGGACCUGUGUCCCGCAGCGACGCCCUGGCAGCUGCCGCAGCCCUGCACAGCUACGGGGGCAUGAACCUGACCAUGAACCUCGCCGCGCCGCACGGUCCCGGCGCCUUCUUCCGCUACAUGCGCCAGCCCAUCAAACAGGAGCUCAUCUGCAAGUGGCUGGCGGCCGACGGCCCCAUGCCCCCGCGCCUUUGCUCCAAAACUUUCAGCACCAUGCACGAGUUGGUCACGCACGUCACCGUGGAGCACGUCGGAGGCCCUGAGCAGGCCAACCACAUCUGCUUCUGGGAGGAGUGUCCGCGCCAGGGCAAGCCCUUUAAAGCCAAAUACAAACUUGUAAAUCACAUCCGCGUGCACACGGGCGAGAAGCCCUUCCCCUGUCCUUUCCCGGGGUGUGGGAAAGUCUUUGCUAGAUCAGAAAAUCUCAAAAUACACAAAAGAACUCAUACAGGGGAGAAGCCCUUCAGGUGCGAGUUCGAGGGCUGCGAACGGCGCUUUGCCAACAGCAGCGACCGCAAGAAGCACUCGCACGUUCACACGAGUGACAAGCCCUACACGUGCAAAGUGCGCGGCUGCGACAAGUGCUACACGCACCCCAGCUCGCUGCGCAAGCACAUGAAAGUGCACGGGCGCUCGCCGCCGCCGCCCAGCUCUGGCUACGACUCGGCCACGCCGUCUGCCCUCGUGUCGCCCUCGUCGGACUUCGGUCGCGAGCCCCCGGCGGCCUCCUCGGCGGCGGUGGCGGCGCGGGGCGCAGACCUGAGCGAAUGGUACGUGUGUCAGGGCGCGGGCCCCGCAGCGGCUGCCCCCGCGGCGCCCCCAAGCCCCGCGCCACCGCUUGGCCCCGCCGCUAUCGCCGCCGCUGCCGCCUGUGCUAAGGUUGCUGCUGUGGGUGCUGCUUCCGCGUCCACUGACUGGCAGGUCUAG